AUGGUCCUCACUGCCCCCCGUCGCCAGAGCCUCCAGCACUCCCAGAUCGAGGAGCUCAAGAGCACCACCAACAACAACGGAGCCGGACUUCUUCACUCGCUCCUCGAGACGCAGGCCGAGAAGCAUCCUGAGCGCAUUGCCGUUCAAUUUGAGGAUGUGCCAGGGCUCAGCUACAACCAGCUGAAUGGCAUGGCCAACUCGGUUGCCCGCAAGCUGCUUUGCGGCCGCGGCGCCAUUAUCCCUAUCGCCAUGGAGAGAUCCAUCAGCAUGGUCGUGGCUGUGUUGGCCGUCUUGAAGACGGGAGCUGCAUACGUACUCCUCUCUCCUGACGCCCCCAUCGCCCGCAACCAGUUCAUCGUCGAGGAUGUCAAGGCCCCCUUUGUCCUGGUCGACGAGACCACGACGGGCCAAUUCAACUCUUCCCUAGAAAUGCCCAUCACUCGUCUGGUGCAGAGGGCCAUCAAGGCCCCUCCAGCCCACUUCGGCAACCUCAACCUGUACCAGAGCCCCUCUGACAUUGCCUACGUCAUCUACACCUCCGGCACUACCGGCCAGCCCAAGGGAGUGUUGCUCUCCCACUUGGCAGCCACCACUGGCAUCUCUGCCAUCGCCGCACAGCGCACGAUCCUCGGGUGCCUCUGCCGCGGCGGCACGCUGUGCCUGGCCAGCAAGGAGAACAUCACGCUCGGCCUCUUCAAGACUCUGCGCGAGAUGAACGUCAACUCGCUGGAGAUCACGCCGAGCAUGCUGAUGCUGCACGACCCGGCGACGCUUCCUUCAAACGUCAAGUCGAUCACGCUCGGUGGCGAGCCCGUCAGCUCGGCCCUCGUCGACGCGUGGGCCGACAAGCGCCUCUCUCGCGGUAGCCCUCCAACACUCCUCGGCAAGCCAACCGACAGCACGACCUGCAUGGUCCUCGAGCCGAACAGCAUCUCCCCCCUGGCCAAGGGGUAUUUGGGCCUCAAGGAGAAGACGCGUGCGGCCUUCAUCAAGAACCCCUUCGGCGCGGGCCGCCUCUACCGCACGGGCGACAUGGUGGUGCUGCGCGACGACGGCUCGAUGGAGCUGCGCGUCGAGCCGGGCGAGGCCAACGCGCACAUCUGGCGGCAGCUGGGCGUGGCGCAGUCGCACGUCGUGCCGGCCACCGUGCUCGGCCGCAAGGCGCUCGUCGCCGUCGUCGUGUCGGACCAGACGGUCGAGUGGCCCGCUCUCGUCCGCGAGGCCCGCGGCAUGCUGCGCACGCUGCUGCCGUCGUACGCUGUUCCGAGUUACUGGGUCGAGGUCGAGCAGAUGCCGCUGAACACGUCCGGCAAGGUCGAUGUCGCCGGCUUGGUUGCCAUGGUCGAGGGGCUGAGCGCUGAGGAGCUGAUCACCCCGACGUCUUCGGUGUCGUCGACGCCGCCGGCCGGCACGCCCCCGGAUGAUGCGUUCGAGCUCAAGGUCCUGGACGCCGUGGCGGCGACGCUGUCGCUCAGUGCUUCGGCUGUGUCCCUGGACGCGUCGUUCCAAGAGCUCGGCGGUUCUUCGCUGAACGCCAUCGUCUUGGCCGAGACACUGCGCGAUCUCCGCCCCGAACCGUCCCUGGUCAUGGGAGAAGUCCCGGCCCCGUUCUCGCUGCUGCCGGAAGCUGCAUCUGCCAGGCAUACUCGCGGCCUUGAGGACGCGUACCCCGCGACGCCGCUCCAAGAGGGACUCUGCCUGGAGAGCAUCAUCGGCAGCGCCGACUACGUCUACCGCCGCACUUACCGCAUCCAGGGCGUCCAGCCCGCGCAAUCCAAGCGCUCCUUCGUCCAGUCCGUCCGCAAGUCCGUCAACCUCCCCUGGAAGGAGUACCGCGGCGUGACACUGGAACGCGCCAUCGAGGACCUCAAGGAGGAUCCCCUCGAGCUGGACGGGCCCCUCGUCCGCGCCACGGUCCUCGACGACUCGCUGCUCGUGCUCGAGAUGCACCACUGCCUAUUCGACUUCUGGUCCAGCAACGCCUAUGUCGCCUUCAACAGGGCCUACGCCAGCGAGCCCGCUCCCCGCGCCUUCUGGCAGGAGUACCUCGCCGGCGCCAGCGAGACGGUCGUCGACCUGCCCCCGGCAACUUCUGAGGAUUCAGAGGAACCCUUCGUGCUGCGCGCAGACAUGGGCGACGCCCUGCAGCGCCUCAGCAGUGCGACCGGCGUCACCAUCGGCGCCGCCGUGCACGCUGCCUGGGCCAUGACGCUGGCCAGCCACCUCGGCACCGACGAGGCCACCUUCCUCUCCGCCUUCGCCGGCCGCGACGCCAACGUCGCCGGCAUCCUGUCUCUCAACGGGCCUACCCUCUGCACGGUCCCCAUGCGCAUCACCGUCUCGAACAGCGGCUCGGUGGAGGAGUUCGCCAAGGACACGCAGAACAACCUGUGGAACGUGUCCCGCUACGCGCACUCCGGACUCCGUGAUGCUCUUUCCGCGGCCUCGCUCCGCCCCAGCCUCUUCAACACCAUGGUCAACGUGCUGGCCGUGCCCAAGACCGACGCCUUCGCCGAGGACAGCGCCCUCGUCCCCGUCGACGCCGAUACGCAGAACUUCACCGGCUACGUCUGCCUCGAGCUGAACGAGGCCGACCCCUCGCGCGUCAAGCUGCUCGUGCCCUUCGCUGGCGUUGAUCGCGGCGCCGCCACGGCUCUGCUGGACCUCUUCGUCGACACUGUCGAGCAGGCCACUGCCAACAACGCCCCCAGCACCGCCGCCGAGCCGCAGCAGCUGCCUACCGUGAAGGAAGAACCCUCAUCCUUCGGCCUCGCCCACGCCGAAUUCGAGCAGCGCGCCGCGGCCAACCCGUCCAAGGUCGCUGUCGUCGAGAGCAGCGGGCGCAGCUGGUCGUACGGCGAGAUGGACGCGAAGGCCAACAACUUCGCCAAGCAGCUGGUUCAGCAGGGCGUCGUUCCCGGCGAGAUCAUCCCGCUCUUCAUGGACAAGUCGGCCCUCACGCUCGUCUCCAUCCUCGCCAUCCUCAAGGGCGGCGCCGCCUUCACGCCGCUCGAUCCGCGCAACCCCCGCGAGCGGAACAGCUUCAUCGCGCAGGACGUCGGCGCCAAGCGCAUCAUCACCGACGUGCGGAACGGCGAGGACUGCGCUGCCUUCGGCCUCGAUGCCAUCGUUCCCGAGCAGCUGGACCUGGACGAGGGUGGUGGUCUGCCUGUUGAUGUCCCUGGACUCAGCCCGGCCAGCACCGCGUACCUGAUCUACACGUCGGGCUCGACGGGGCUGCCCAAGGGCGUCGUGGUGCCGCACUCGGCCGUCGCGGCGUCUGCGGAAGGCAUGAUCGAGGCGACGGCCGUGACGGCCGGCUGGGUGUCGCUCUGGACGCUCAACUACGUCUUCGACGCCUCGUACUACGACGUCUUCACCGUGCUGUCGGCUGGCGCUACGUUGUGCGUUGCGCCGCAGGACGACGUCAUGUCGGACCUGGCUGGCCACAUCAACCGCAUGGGCGUCGAGCAGGUCAUGCUGACGCCGACCAUGGCGAAGCUGAUUAGCGGGGGCCCGAGCGAGGUUCCGAAGCUGAAGGUGCUGAAUGUUUGUGGUGAGAAGAUUGACUCGAACAUUCAGGAGUGGGCGAAGCAGAUUGAUGUUUACAACGGCUACGGGCCCACCGAAGCCACCAUCCUGAUGACCGUCUCCAAGGUGGCGCCUGACGGCGACCUCAACAGCAUCGGGCUGCCCCUCCGCCACGCCACGGCCGUCAUCCUCCCUGCCGAAGGCUCGAGCCUGAAGAGGCUGCCAGCCGGCGAAGUCGGCGAGCUGUGCGUGCGCGGCGCCCACCUGGCGACGGGCUACCUGAACCGCCCGGAGCAGACGGCCAAGGCAUUCGUCCGCGACGCCGACGGCGAGGUGCUCUACCGGACCGGCGAUCUCGCCCGCUGGGCCGACGACGGCUCCCUGAUCUGCCUGGGCCGCAAGGACUACCAGGUCAAGCUGAACGGCUUCCGCAUCGAGCUUGGCGAGAUCGAGAAUGCUGUCCUCCGCACCGACUGUGUUGAUGCAUCCAUCGUGUCUGUCGCCGAGCUCGCCGGCAAGAAGCAGCUCGUCGCCUUCGUCGUCCUCAAGGGCGACCACGAGCCCAACACGCAGAAGCUCCUCUCUCCGGAAGACAAGCUGCCCGCCAUCGCCGACGUCAUCGACGGCAUGCACACCAUCACGCACUACAUGAUGCCCUCCGUCUUCCUGCCCUUCUCCGGCUUCCCCACGCUGCCGUCCGGCAAGGCGAACCGCAAGGAGCUCGUCGCCCUGGCCGAGACGCUGUCUAAGGCCGACGUCGCCAGCUACGUUCCCAAGAACGAUGACGAGGAUGCUGGUGAAGUUGAGCCCGUCUCCACCGAGGCCGAGCGCGUCAUGCAGGCCAUCUGGGCGGCCGUGCUGGACCAGCCGCUCGAGGCCAUCGGCGCCAACUCGUCGUUCCUCGCCCUCGGCGGCGACUCCAUCGCCGGCAUCAACGUCGCGGGGCAGUGCCGCAAGAAGUCGUACAAGAUCGCCCUCUCCCAGGUGCUGGCGCUGCCAACGCUGAGGGAGCAGGCUGCUAAGAUGGAGAAGAUCGAGCUGGCGCCAAAGAAGGCUGCUCCCGCGGCCAAGUUCACAGUCCCCGAGUCCGUGAGGCGGGUCAUCAGGCAGGCCAAGUGCGAGGACGACGUCGAAGACAUCUACCCCUGCGGCGCCGGCCAGAUCGAGUUCCUCACCCAAGGCCGCAAAGACCGCCAGUACUGGAACCUCACCGUGCACCGCGACCUGCCCGCCUCCUUCGACCUCGACGCCUGGAAAGCCGCGACCACGCAGCUCACCGCGCGCAACCAGAUCCUCCGCGCCUUCUACGUGCUCGCCGACGAAGCCGACCCCGCUUCCUGGUACCAAGUCGUCCUCAAAUUCCCGACCCUCGACUGGGACGAGCAGCUGUACUCGACUCCUGAGGAGAAGACGCAGCUGGCCGAACAGCUCCGCGACUCCCGCUUCGCGCCCGGCACGCCGCACGUCCGCUACCGCGUCCUCCGCUCCGCCGCAGACGGCACGCGCACCCUGGCCAUCAAGCUCGACCACGGCACCUACGACGGCACCCUCCUCCGCAUCUUCCAGGACCAGUUCGCCGCCAUCGCCCGCGGGGACCAGUCCGUUCCGCCCGUCGUCGACUUCAAGCAAUUCAUCACCUGGGACGCUGCGAACGACCGCGCCGCCGACCUGUCCUACUGGCACACGCGCCUGCGCCACCCCGCCCCGCCGCCUCGCCCGCUCCUCCCGCUCCCCACCGCGCCGGCGACGGACCGCCUGCGCUUCGUGCCGCUGCAGGCCGACGUGGAUGCUAUUGCGGCCAAGUACGGCGUCACGGCCAUGACCGUCUUCAGCGCCGUCUACGCGCUCGUCGCCGGGCGCGUGCUGGGGACGGACGACGCCGUCAUCGACAACCUCGUCGCCGGGCGCAACGCCGACAUCGACACCGGCGACGCGCAGCUGCUCAACGGCACCUGCGCCAACUUCCUGCCGAUGCGGAUGGGGCUGUCUGCCGACGACUCCACGGUCUCGGACUGGAUGGCCGCCGCGCAGAACGACUUCUGGGAGUCGGCCGAGCACGGGCGCGUCGGACUGGGCGACAUCUACGGCGCGGAGAGGGACGCAGCCGGUGCCGCGAAGCUGCUGUUCGUCUUCCAGCCGUUUGCGCCGGCGCCGGUCGGGGCGAAGCCGGAUCCGAUAAGCUGGCUGGUCAUGAAGGCGCAGCAGAAGAUCUACAUGGUGAUGAAUUACGCGCUUGCGAUUGAGGUGCAGAAGACGUUGAGUGAGGAGGGGAAGCAGGGGUAUAGGUUGAAGGUGCAGUGGGAUAGCAGGGGGUUGAGUGAGGAGAAGAUCGAUUUGGCGAUGGGGUUGUUUGAGGGGGUGUUGGGGAGGUUGGGGGAUGGGGAGAAGAAGGAGCUCAGUAUGGACAGGAUGGUGGAGUUUGUUGGUGGGUUUUAA